AUGUUAUUCAAAAUGAAGCAUAAAAAGUCUAUUCAUUUUGGAGAUUUUCGAAGCGAACCUAUUCGACAAUUGAUCGAAAGGUAUUCUCAACCGAGACCUAUAGGUGGUCGUCCUAUUACCAGUGAUAAUCCCGUACGUCUUACUGGCCGUCAUUUCCCAUCGCUUGUUCCAGCAACAGCAACACAAGAAAGUCCACAAAGAGAUUGUAUAGUUUGCAGUCGCACAAGUAGACGUGAGAAGAAGCGUAAAAAAACACGUUAUCAGUCUGAUAUUUGUGAUGUUGGACUUUGUGUGAUAGGUUGUUUUGGAGAUUAUCAUACUUUAAAACACUUUUGA